AUGACGAAUAGAGUUUUGUGCAAGUACUUCGUUAAUGGAGCAUGCAGUAGAGGGGACAGUUGUCCCUUUUCCCACAAUUGGAAAGACAAACCUAACAUGGCGUGUGUGUUCUACCAGCGUGGCGUCUGCUCCUACGGCGAUCGCUGCCGCUACGACCAUGUCAAGCCCAAACCCUCCUCCGCUACCGCCGUUCCUGCUCCACCACCCGCCACUGUCCCACCCACACAACCGAGUUUUGCACCCAGUCUCCCCUCUGUUUCCCCCGCCCGCGCUGCUGGUGCGUCCGCACUUCCCUCUGCUUCCCCCUCACGGACUAUACCCGUUACAAACGGACUCGUUUCCGGGUACAGCUACGCCCACCCCUCUUCCGCUGCAGCCGCCAUGCCCCAAUACGACCCUGCUCUCUCCCCCGAGGCAAUAUUCGAGCGAGAUGCGUCGGGGAGCUCAUUGGACGGUCCAGAUUGGCUGCCGCGAUCUGCGAGCGAUCUGUUCGACGAGGGGCUUCCUGUGAUGCGCAUGAGUAGCGGUGGAGGGAGUGGGGUGAACCAGAGAGGAAAUGCAGCUGUAUUGGGGUUUGUAGAGAGAGAACAAGGGGGAAUAACAGGGCCCGAGGGUGGGGGAAUGCGCAUGGGUGGGACAGAUCAAGUGGGGGGAGAGCUGGGUUCUGUGUUGCAAGGGCCGCAGCAGAGUGUGUGGGUGGAGAAGGACUCGUUAGUGAGUGAUUCGCUAGUGAGUGACCCGUUUGGGGAGGAGGAGCUGGGGUUUGAGUGUGAGGUCGAGGAGGAGGAGCCGCAGCAGCAGGGCGUGUGGGCAGCGGAGGGGGGAGCGGGGUUUGCGAGUGAGGAGGAGUUUGAGGACUUUGUGAGAGAGGCGAGUGACUUCUCUGCUCAGGCAGCUGCUCUGAGAAUAGGGCUUAUCGCUCUCAUGGAUGAGGAGAGUCCUGGCAAGCCUUCUGCUGCUGGGCGGUUCCCUGUUGAUUACUCUGCUGGUUACGACGAUCCUGGUGGUUAUGCUGCUGCCUAUGCUGGUUACAGUGGCUAUCGCGGGAAUGGUGGGUAUGGUGGUUACAGUGCAAACGCUGCCGAUGCUGCUAAUGGUGGUAGUGUCCCUGCGUUGUCAGGCAACAACAGCAGUGGUGGUGGCAGCAACAGCAGCGGGUACAGUGCCUCUUUGGCUGACAGGCUUGACAAACCUGACAUGCCGCUCUGCACGCUGCCUCGAGUGGAGGCUGCUUCAGGCGCCUGCUGUGCCCGCGGCCCCUCCUGCCCCUUCCCCCACGGGGACCUCUGCCCCCACUGCGGCCGCUACUGCCUGCACCCUGCUCGACCCACGGUGAGUGUCUUUCUGUGCCGUUGUGCCCAACCUCCCCCUGUUCUCCUGCCCGCACUGCAUUGCAUUUCGUGCGAAUCUCUCCCUCCCCUCCCUCCCCUCCCUUCCCCCACCCACCCCCUUACCCUCCCCCCACGGGGACCUCUGCGCCCACUGCGCCGCUACAGCCUGCACCCUGCUCGUCCCACAGUAAGCGACUUUCUGUGUCAACCUGCUGACAUGCCACUCUUGCCUCUCGUCUUUCUUUUCAUCGUCCCCACUCCCAUCCCUCGCCCCGCCUCUUUCCUAACGGCCUGCCUUCCUGCCCGCUCCAGCACACCACAGGAGCGGGAGGAGCAUAUGACUGAUCCCAUUGUCCACUCCUCCCAACAACCCAUCCACCCACCCACCCGCACACUACAGGAGCGGGAGGAGCAUGUGAAAGAGUGCAUGCGGCUGCAGAGAAAAGUGCAAGCCUUAAAGCUGAGCUCAGAGAUUGAGUGCAGCGUGUGCCUGGAGCGCGUGCUGGGGAAGGCCCGGCCUGCCGAUCGCAAGUUUGGCAUUCUCUCCCACUGCGACCACCCGUUCUGUGUUGCGUGCAUCCGCAACUGGCGGGCUGCUGGGCAGGAGAGUGGCGAGUCCGUCCCGUUAGACCUGGACAACGCAGUGAGGGCAUGCCCCGUGUGCCGCGUGCGAUCGCACUUUGUCACGCCCAGUGUGGUGUGGUUUUUCAGCGACGAGGAGAAGCAGGCUAUUAUCGAGGGAUACAAGCGGAAGCUCAAGAGCACUGACUGUCGCUACUUCAAGUACGGCAACGGCCAGUGCCCCUUCGGCACCAGCUGUUUCUACAAGCACGCAUAUCGGGACGGGCGGUUGGAGGAGGUGAAAUUGCGGCACCUGUCUUCUGCUGAUGGGAGCGCUGUCAUUUCGAGAGACAUCAG